AUGGCCUCUGGCAAAGAGCCGACACAGACUUCCCGAGGAAGUGUAGGAAUGGCGAGUGUUGCCGAGACAGACACGAGAGAGAGUUUUGUUGUGUUGGGUGGGGUGCUGGAAAAGCAACGCGCGCUCCGCGCACACGCCACGGAGCUCAUGAGAGAGUAUUGCCGGAGGCGGAGAGCCGUCAGAGAUCGAUAGGGGCGGUCGCGGUGGAAAAAGAGGACGCAAGACUGCUGUGAAGCCGCAAGGAGACAGAGCAGCGUCGGCACCAGCAGAAUCAUCAACAGCAUCAAGAGCAGCGUCGGCAGCGGCGGCGGCGGAGGCGGCGGCACGACUAGAAGAGCCCAGAGCCUGUCCAAGGCGAUGCGAUGGUGCUGCGGUGGGUCCGAGGGACCACCGACAACGCCUUUGCUUCCGUCGACGACCAUCAACGCCGCUGCGGCGGCAACGUCCCACGCCUACGACCAGUUCGGUCCCAUGAGCAUCAAACUCUAUAAAUCUGUUAGUUUAUUUCUUAUUUUUCAUGUUUUUUUUUUUGUUUGCUUUGAAGUAUAUUGAUGAGUUUUUAAACGGACAAGGGAGUAUAACAGUAAAGGUCUCUCUAUAGUUCUUUAACCGCUAGAUUGAGAUUUUUAGAGAAAAUUGUAAGAAAAAUAAAUUCUGACCUAAGGUUUUGUUAAACAGAGUGGAAUAAUGAAAUUUUUUUUUUAAAUCUUGCAAGUUUUUUUUCUCCAUUUAGUGAUUAAUUUAAGUUUCUACUCAAUCAAGUUUUGAGUCCGAAAUUGGAUAGUCAGGGAAAUUCCUUAAGUUCUAGUUUGUUUAUGGAUACUGAUAGUAAACUUUCAUUUUCAAUUUUCCCAUUCUUCGUUGUUGAAGUUUCUUUAUGGAAUAUUGAGUCCGCCGAGUAAGUGGACAUUCCCCCAGGGAGUUGUUUUCGAGUAACUUUUUGAAUGUGAGUUUCGCUAGUUCAUCAGGAUUUGUGUGCACUCUGAUACUGUAGUUUAGGUUUUGAAAGAUCUGAUGCAGAAAUACUGGAAGAAGUAGCUUGAAAAGAUGAAUUUCAAUUGAUGAACAAUUUUCAUUUGGAAAGUUUUAUGUGAAUAGCUUCAUAAUUUUCUUUAGAAGGAGCAUAUUCUUUUCUAAAAAGAAUCAAAAUCUUCUUUUUUCAUAGAAAAUUGCUUUAUCUUCAUAAGCAUUCACGGCUGGCUUGAGAAGUAAGAGUAACAAUGCGCGAAAAAAGGUUUAGACGGUUCUGUAAUAUUUUUGCUAAACUAGUAUUGGAUGGAGUAAAAAUAAGCUUCUAAUGAGUGUGUAUGAGUGGACGUUAGAAUUCGCAAUUUUCAUCCUCGCUUGCUCAAGGGAGGUUAUUUCGGCCUCUUUCAUUUGAUGAGCCGCUUCUCCUUUUAAGUCCUUGAUUAAGCGAAAAUUCCAAUGUUGAAUAGUGGUCAACAAAGAACGAGAGCUGUUCUUGUGGGUCGACCAAUGGAAGCGAAGGAAAGCCCCAUCCUUAACGACUACCCGUGCAUUUCGCAUCCAACAAGGAGAAAAAGCAGAAAAAAAACAUUUCAUUCAUUCAAUGGGGUUUUUUCGCAGUUCUUUCGCGGGAUUUAUCGCGUGUUAAAUGCCGAGCUCUGGGGCGCCUCCGCUUUUCUUUUUUGUCCACUAUUCAACGAAGCUAAUUGUGACGAAUUGCGCGUUUCAACAACAAUCGAUCAUAGGAGCCGUCGUCGUAGUGCAAAACGAGGACGACAAUCCGUUGCUUGAGCGGUGCCAAUUAUUUCGUCUUUUUCGCCCUUUUGCCAAUCUUUCAAGAUGCAAAACGAUUCUUAUCGUAUCGUGGAGAAGAAAUAAUGGAGGGUACUUCAAAAUCUUAGAAAUGCAAAAUGUUUUUUUUUUCAGUUGAGGCGAUCAGGAAAGCCUUUAAAUAAUUUCAAAUCCCAAUAGAUCCAAGGAACUGUUAAACUACUUUUUUUCUCAGGAAUAAUAAUUAUCAUGCAUUUUGGCUUUGAAAAUCAAUUCUCAGAUAUUUAUAGAGGCUGGGAAAGCUUGAAAAGCACCUGUUGGUGGAACUAAAUUGGCCUUGUAACCACAUAAAUAAACUGGAACUUUCACAAAGGCCGGAAUGUCAUUCAGAAAACCUGUCAGCUUUUUUUUGGGUUAUAAUCAGUUGACAACAGCAUUGUGCAGGGCUUGGAAGUCGAGAUUAGUUUUGAAAAUAUUACCUUUUUCGCCGGAGAGUUUUGUCUAUGCUCUUCAAGCAUGUUGGGAAACGAAUGGAAUUAGGAAAAAUUGUAGAAAUAAGAAGUUCUAGGAAGAAUAGAACAUUUUUUGUUAAUCUGGAAUAUUUCUAACGCUUCAACCCUCUCAAUCCUUUUAUCAUAGAAAAUGUUGGAGAUUUGCUAGAAAGAAACUUGUUUUAAAAAGCUUUUCUGUUUUUCUUCUGAAAAUUGCUUUUUGCCGAUCAGCAAAAAAAAUUUACAGGUGCUUUUUUUUGGAGGAAUCAUCUACUAUUUAUGAUUUCCUUGUUACUUUUUCUCCGUUUCCUUAGCUUUUCCACUUCAAUCAAAGGUUUUGCAGGCUUUACUCGUGACGGAAGGCGUCAGCGAGGGUCCUCUGACCGAGUCUUUGAGAGCCGCCGGAUGGACCACCGUUGUUUGUACGGCUUCUCAGGUACCCUUCCCUCCAUUUUUUUUUCUUUUCACCCAUUUUUCCUUUAAGAAUUGAUCUCAAUCAUGCGCUUUUGUCAAUUUUUUUCAACAAAAGAGACGUUAGUCCCGUAUUUUUGAAAGGAAUCGUGUAUUCAAGCCUUUCUGACAGUCUUUGAUAAACUGAAUACACGUCAAAAAUCUUCCUGAACGAGAAAUAAAAAAAUUUCGAGGGGUUACUGAGAAGCAAUUAGAGCGAAAACGUGUCAAAUGGCGAGUCUUUCUUUUCUCAUUAGGUCUGAUUUUUUUUUCUCCAGAAUUUUUUUUGUGUUCGAGAACAAGAAGGUAGUUAUGAAGUUUUUUAAGUUUGGAAAACAUUCAACUUGAUUUUUUGUUCCAAAAGUUGCUGAUUAUAUUUGAAGCUGAGAUUUUUUGAGUAUCAUAUAAAAAGCACUUGAAUAAAUAUUACUUUCAAAUAUAUUUUUUUAAUUAAUUUGUACAUGCUUCUUUGAACAUUCUCCCGAAGGUUUUAGAAUAGAAUAUAAUUCUUUUUUCAAAAAAAUCAGGGUUCUUUUUUCAGAGCAGCUAUCUUUGAAGUUUGUUGGAACUGAAUUGAAAAAUUUUUUUCUUGGACAGGAAAAAAACUUCUUCAAUAUUUUUUUAUAUCUAAAAAAACAAAAACCCCUUGUCGCUCGCUUAUAUAUAAUUACGAUAGAAUAGUGUUUUCCCCUUUUCGAACGAAAAACUCUUUGGAAUCACUCACGAACAUCACCACUUCUGUUGAUACUGACUAAAGGUUUUCUGAAAAAUGAAAAGAAUUCAUCAAUUCCGUCCAAUCAUCAUUUAUUAUUCUUUGAUAUAUCACCAUCAUCACGCUUUCAUUUGGGAAAUUCUCCCUGUGUGUAAAUAAAAACUUUCAUUUCAUUUUUCUCAUGAAAAACAGGAAAAAAAUAUUCAGUUUUUCAAUAUUUUUGGUGCGAAAAACGAAGAGGAGAAACUUUUUUUGAGAUGAAAAUGAAUGUAAUUGAGACACAUAAAAAGGUAGGUCAUUUCAGUGGGAACUUUGGAAUCUUCUUUAUUCAUAUAGAUAGAUCUUUUAAAAGCUUUUGGGAAAAGUUGUAAGAAAUUCCAUGCUUCACACUAAAACCACUUCCCUUGUUAGGUAUGCACUUUUAUACAUUCAAGCUCCAAUAAUCUCCAUUUUUUUCGACUGGAAUUAUUAUUUUCUAGAGGAGUUCAUCACUUCAAACACGCAAAACAAAAAUUUAUUUUUAUUUUGAAGCUCACUUUUCAGGCCGAGGCGAUGUUCGAGGAGCUUUGGCCGACUUUGGUGCUCUUCGACCUGCGGAUCGCCGACGUUUGUCACGUUGCCAAGUUUGUUUUGCCUCUGAUUCAGCCUUCCAUCAUCAUCAUCGCGGAUUCUUUACGAUUACGUGUAUACAUACGUUCUGUGCGUGUGAAUGUUUCGUUUUGUUUUGGCCCCAACGUUUACCGCAAAGUUUUGGCGCCUGAAACAAAACAAUGGUACACUUUGGUGGGAAACGAAUGCAGUUUUUUUCCUUUCUUUUUGUUGAAUAGAAAAUUAUGGGAAUACAACACGCGCAGCAGGAAAUUCAUUCGAAAAAAAUUGAAACAGCUUGUCUGAUAAGUCGAAAAAUCAUUAAGUUUCAAAUAAGGGUCUUGAAACGAUCUCCACAAAAAAUAGAUCUUUGCAACGGACUCUUUUUUAAAUGCAAGGUAACAGCUAUUUGGGAGAGAAUUCCUGGUUUUUUUUAAAUAUUUUGAAUCGCCGUUCGAAAAAUCAUGUUUUAGACUUGGUUCAAAGGGGCAUUGUAAUUCAUCUGAAAUAAUCUCUGCACGAAAAGCCUGUCUCAGUAAUAGGCAAAGAGAAGAAUUGCUGUUAGCAAAACUAACGCUUGAAAAAUGGAAAACGUCGAAAAAAAAAAGCCGCCGCCUACAUGUGCUCUAAUGAUAAUCAAGAAGAUUUUUUUAAUCGGAACGGAAUUAUUCUUAUAUACAGUUUAUUUAUUUUAUUUAAAUGUAGUCUUGAAUCUUUUUGAGAGCUCAUAAUUUCUGUUCUUUUACGGCCGUCUUUCUCAGCUUUCCUAUUCUUGUGUUUUCCAAAGAUUUUCUCAUUUUCACUCCCAAGGAUCGGUGGUAUGAAAAAACCACCAGCGAAAAUUCCAACGGCGACUUUUCCGAUUUUUUCAUAUCGCCAGGGAACUUUCCGACGGCCACCUUUCCGACGAAUCUUUUUUUCCGACUUUUUUUCCCUUAAGUUUUUUUCGGUUUAUAAAACAUCUAUUUACAUUUUUCUAUUUCUUUGUGUUUUAAUCAUGAACCAACUACCUACUUUGUAUAGGAAGAUUUAAAACAAAGUUUUAUCGAGAAAAAAAAAGUCGGAAAAAGAUUCGUCGGAAAGAUGGCCGUCGGAAAGUUCCCUAGCGAUAUGAAAAAAUCGGAAAAGUCGCCGUUUGAAUUUUCGCUGGUGUUUUUUUCAUACCACCCAAGGAUCAGAAUAUAAUAAGGUCUAGUAAGCCUAAACAUCGAGGAUUUGUUGAGCCGCUGAAAACUACGGAAAUAAAGUUUUUACUUCAAUUUUGAAGCUCAGUAAGCGUCUCGACGCGUAGGCUAUGCUUGAGAUUGUUUUGCCGGCGUGUUUUUCCGUGAAAAGAAAAAAAAAUUCAAAAUCUAAAUCCAAUUUUUCUUUUUGGUCAUUCUUAUUCAGCUGGCGCAAAAAUUUUUCAAUUUUUCUAAUUUGCAGUUUUUUUCUCGUUUCGUUCUUUAUCUUUAAACAGAAAUUUUUUUCUUUGCGCGGCUGAAGCUGGAAAAAAAUUGAAUUACGGGUCAAUUUUUGCUCAAAUUGUAGGGUACGCCGCGUCGUACGAGACUUGUUGAUAAGAUAUCUAUAAGGCAAUUAUCGGAGGGGCCCGUCUCUCUUGUGUACAUUGCUUGCGUAGGCUUUGUCGAAUUACUAAGCUCGUCGGAAAUGGAAAAUGAUUAUAGAUGUCCAUGGUGUGGAAAAGAGGAGGAAGUUGGCGAAAAUUGAAAGGUUUUUGGCUGCAAAUUAACUGAGAAAACGUGUCGCAAAGAACAGAAUGACUGGAAAUGAAUGAUGUGGGCUGAAAUAACAGAAUAUAGGCGCUCUAUGGCUUUUGACAAAACCUUUUUUGAUGACAAGAGUGCAAAGUCUCGCUCAAGAAAGAAGAAGUGAAUUUUGAAGAAGCUUUAUAAAGUUGGGAGAUAGGGCGGAAAAUGAGAGAAUUCCACACGUUUAUGUUAAAAAAAGACUGUACUGAAAAUCGUGAUGAUGAUGAUAAUGUAUCAAAGAAUGAUAAAGAUAAAAUAUCUUUUCUCAGAGCUCUUUCGUCAAUAUCAAGAGAAGAGGUGUUGUUCGUAGGAGUUUCCGAAAGGUUUGUCGUUCGAGAAAAAUCAUUAUUUUGUUGCGAUUUGCAGAGAAGUUAGUGAGAAACGACGGAGGUCGAUCUCACAGUCCAACAUUCUUCAUGUAAGUUUGUCAAGAAAUAUAAAAAUUCAACAGUUUUUGUUUCAUUGGUUGGUUCAGAAAGAACAUUAAAAAGUUCACACAAGUUUGAAAAUUGAUUUCUUUAGAUAAAGUGUUUUUUUUUUUCAGAUGAUUCUGUAUUAAUGUUCAUAUUUUUAUGAACUAACCGAGUAAGGCGGUUCAUAUUUUUGUCAAAAAGGGAAUAAUCUGAUAUCAACUCUCGGACAUUGGUAACGCGAAACGGACCUGCUCCGGACGUUCCUGGACAUUUCUAGAGAUCAUUUAAGAGCGCUGACGCUACUAAAGUGGUCACUCGGAAUGCCCCGAAACUUCCGAUUCGCGUCUGUUUCGCGUUUCGAAGGUCCGAGCUGUUUCUUCGACUUUCUAAAUUUCUGUUUCUGCUUUUUCCAAAAAAUGAAAUUGUCAUAUUCGACUUUUAGGUCGUUCAAUGGAGCACCAGAGAAACGGGUCUCUUCGAUUUUCUCGCGAAAAUGUCGAAUCGACUCCGAGUUUUGCCUGCUCUAUUCACUGCCCUCGAUGAGGUAUUCUUUUUGCAGCUUUCUGAUAAUUUCCUCUAUUUCAAAAAAAUAAGUUUCUUUUUUUCAUUUAUUUCAUGGUUAUUUUUAUAAUAUAAUUUUGAUAGGAUUCUGGGAAUUCAGGCGUGAAAGCCUCCUUGGUUGGAAAAAUAAAAUUUUUUUAUUGCUGAAAUGGGUAAGUAUAGGUAUGAGAAAGAGCGGGAUUUUCAAACUUAGAUAAAAAAGGUGAUGAUUGUAGCAAUCGAAGCUUAAUAAUCCGCUUUUUAGAUCUAAUUUCGUAUCUUGUUUUUUACUUCCUGGAAACCUGUUCAUAGAACAGCGGGGGCAAGGAUACAAAUUCAAAUUAUGUAUUUCAACCCCUGUAUUUUCGGAUGAUUGUCACAAAUUUGCUUCGUUCUUCAUAACUUGUUUCGUUGAACAAGCGAGAAACUCAUUCUGAGCGUUCAAUAAAGUUUGAAGUGUCUGAUUUCAAAACAAUCGACCCAAAUUCGAUAGGGCACAUAGAAGAUACCAUAAAUAUGCGUGAAAGUAGAGACGGAAAUAUCGAGUUUGGUCAGGAAAUGGACUUUGGUAAUCUUAAUGUUGUUUAGGAAUCCCCUUAAAAAGUAUAUCUGAAUUGGACGGAAAACUGAACUUCUUUUCUUUGUAGCGUAAGCCUUUUUGAGCUUUCCAUUGUUAAAAUUUAAGAUCCUUUAUGUUGUUGUUGAAUUAGUCAAGUUGUCAGAUUUCGAAUAGUUUACCAACAACCGAUUGUUUUCUUCCAAGUUUUCUUUCUACUGGAAAAUAUACUGGCGAUCCCCAACAUUUGCAGGCCGACCAAGCCGUCGAAGUGUGCGACGAAUCCAAGUUGGUCCAAUACGUCAACCGCGCCUACGAGGCCGUCACUGGCUGCAUCCGAACGGAAGUCAUUGGUAAUUUUCACUCUUUUCCUUUUCCAACAGCUUUUUUAAUAUUCGAGGAUGCGCGUUCAAAAAAAACCGCCUUUGACAGAGAUUUUUUUUUUUCGAUUUUUUUCUCCCGUUUUCUUCAUAUUUAUUAAAUUUUAAACUUGCAUACAGGUAUUAUUCUCAUUCAUCUUGUUUAUUUUUUUGCGAAAAAAAUAAAACUUUCACGUUAUGUUUUUUUCUUAUCGAUCAAAAAUCUUCUUCUGUAGCAGAAAUUCCACAGUUUUUUUAUCAUUAUAUUUAAUGAUGUGGAAGUUGAACAUGGUGAAAUUUUUUUAGUGGGAGUCAAUUUUUUGCAUUCUUCAAGAAAGUUUAAUAGUUCAGUUUAAUUUUUUUGUGCUAACAUAAUCUUUUAGGCCAACCAGAGUCUGAAAUGCGACGGAAAUCUUUGCCGCGAGCUCGUGAAGAAAGUUACGAACGUCGAAGAAGCACCGAUUGGAGGUGCAUCCGGGUCCCGACGCAUUCCGUCAAGUAAUUCCUUCCCUUUCAGAUCAAAUCGACGUAAUUUAUUCGAGAGAAAACCAUCAGAAAGCAUUGAAAAACUCAUUUUUUGUGAUCUGGAGCUCUUCGCUCUGAUGAAGAAAGAAAAAAAAAAAAUGAUUGAGCGUUUUCUUCGAAAAAGCUUUGUUUCUAAUUGAAGGAAAGAAUCUUUAUACACUUCACUGACUUAAAUCCGAGAAUUUUCACAAAAAUUGGUUCAUAUUUCCUAAAUUAAAAAAAGGACAGUUAACCAUAACCCGUUCGACGCAACAUGAUUCUUUUGGAGUGUCUGCGUCUCUCUGUUCCCUCAACGGCGAGGUUAGAGAAACCUGAGAAUAGCGCGGUAUCAUGGGAGCGUUGCCGAUAGACGAUGAGGGCGCAGAGAAGUCCCGCCCUUUUGAGUCGCGAAAUGCGGAGUAAACACAUUUUGAUGAGGAGAUUGCUGUUUAUAAGUUUUAUUUCGCAUCUUUCUCCUUUCCUUUUCAUUUCCUUUUUGGGAUAAAUAUUUUGAUGACUUUCUGUGAUGCCCAUGUUAAUGAAGAGAUGAACAAUACAUUUAUGAAUUUUCAGUAAACAAUACGUGUAUCUCAAACGGCCGAAUACUGGAAGCGAUGGUUGGUUUUUUGAAAUCUUGUUCAGUAGCUCCAAUCUUGUCAUUUUCAGCUGCAAUUUUUCGUGAUGUGUCGCUGAAAAGCUUGAAGUCGCAGGCGGGAAUCGUGGAGGCGCCCAUUUCCGAAGUUUUGUCUCUUUUGCGCGACGCGGCCGCUCGCGUCGACGGAGAACCGGCGCAGCUCGUCCGCGACGCUGUCAGGGUACUUUUCUUCCGUUAUUUUCUUGAAUCACCCCUUUUUUGUUUAUCUACAAGUUUCAAGUUCGAAAAUAUCUGCGCUUCAUUGACGAAAAUUUUAUUGUUUUAACUCAUUAUUCUCAUUUAUUUUCCUUUCUAAAUUUCUCAGGAAAGAUUUUCCGUUAUGAAAAUCAGAAUUUUGUUUAUCCAAUCAGCGACUAUAUUUCUUUUUUUUACGAAUCAACCUUUUUUCAACUUAUGAGUUUUUUCUGGUUAUUAUAUUAUGUGCCUCAAAAAGACGUUUCUCCGAAUGAAAAGAUACAUUUGUUAGGUUCUGUCAUCGCACGAGCUGUACGCGCCGUCGAUAACGCGGUUCCGCGACUCGGACCGCAUCGCGACGCAGUACUACGACGGCCUCAUCCGACUGCACCAUCCGGCGCGACAACGCAAGAAAAGCGUCGUCGACGCGUAUCGCGAGAAACGAGGUGCUUACGUUGUGUGUGUGUGGAUAUGUGCCCAACAUUGUUCUCAACCCAACCCGACACCCAACUCGAAUUUUUUAGAAUCUUCAGGGUCUCAUGGGGAACGGCGGCGAGUGUCGGCCGACGUGAAAAACGCCCUCGAGAAUGACAAUUGCUGGAGUUUUGACGUGUUGCUCCUCGAGAAAGUAUCCGAAUAUCACGCCUUGAGCCAGCUCGGCAUGAAGGUGCUCUUAAUUGUUUAUUUUGUUAAAGAGGAGAAAAAAAAAUGGAAAAUUGAAGAAAAGAAGUUAUUUAAGUCUAAAAAAAGGCACAACAGUUUAUUCACUGUCAAAUAAGAAAAAAAAAAAAAGACGUGGGAAUAUAUUUUUCUGAAUAUGGUUCCCAUAAUCGUUUAAAGAUCCAUGGAAAAAAAUUUUUCUAAAGGCAGCGGUGAAGAAAUCAUUUGAAGCUUGUUCGAUUAAAAUUCAUGGAAAAUCGCUGAAAGAUUUUUUUAUAAAAAAACAGCAAAAAAAACAUAUUUUUAUAGUCAAAAUAAGUCGAUAGUUUGCCCUAAGAACUAAAAAUCCGAACAGGAAUGCUUAAAAACUAAGCCGACUUUUUUCGACUUACUUACUAAAAAAAACCAAUCAUAAAGGCGGCAAAUUUGUAUAGUUAAAGACAUAAAUUUGAUCAUUUUUUGGGAAAUAUGAAGUUUUGCAGGUGUAUGAAAGGUGGAAAGUGAACGACGUGCUCGGGGCCAACAUCGAAACGCUCAACAGAUGGCUUAUGACUAUCGAGGCUCAUUAUCAUGCGGGUAACACAUAUCACAAUGCAACUCACGCCGCCGACGUCCUACAGGUUCCGCUUUUUUCGCUUUCUCAACAAGAUCUAGGCCAAAGUCAAGUUAUCAAUCAAAUCAAAUGAUUUCAUUCCACAACAAAAGAAAAUUACUGCAUGUAAGGCAAUGCAGAUUAUUAGAUAACUGAAUUUUUAAACUUGAUGAAAUUUUUUCCCUUCUGUUUUUGUAAGAGUUUUGUCUCCCGAGUGUGCCAGAUAUUGAAAAUUCCUCAGAAAGCAAAUAAUAACGUUUUUUGAGUUUACUGUACAUAAUCUACAACAGAGAUUAUAUGGGCACAAAAAUAUCCACGAAAACAUAGGGUUUCAAGCGUUCGAGGUACAAUUUCAGCACAGAAGGAAGGUUUUCAGGCGACGUCGUUCUUCUUGGACUCGCCUUCUGUAGCGGCGCACGUCAACGAAAGCCACGCGGUCGCCGCUAUUCUUGCCGCCACCGUCCACGACUUGGAUCAUCCUGGUACUUUUUUCUUGUCAUCUGAAUGUUUUUGUUUUCCAAAAAAGAGUCAGUUUGACAACAUUCUUUGAUAAAAUUGCACCGGAAAACUACAAAGGGAAAAUUCAAGCUUUGAAAAAUUUCGCUUAACGUCUAAAGUUGGUAGAAAUCCACCUUAUUUCCAAUUUCGAAAUGAACCUUUCUGAUCUUUCCUGAGAAGCAAAUAUUCACGGCUGAACUACGAAAAACACAAAUCUCAAUUUUCUUCAAAGUAUCUGUUAAAUGAGCUUUUCAAUGGUUCUAAGUUUUACUCAUCGGUAUUUCAAAGGCCUUGGAAAUAGCGUUUUUUUUUUUUUUGAACGAUUGAAGCUGAUGUUGGUGUUUCAGGCCGGGGGAACGCCUUCCUGAUCAACACGCGACAGUCGCUGGCGGUCCUCUACAACGACCAUUCCGUCCUGGAAAACCACCACAUCGCCCUCGCCUUCCAACUCACUUUCCAACCCUCUGCCGAUGUUCGACAAAAACUUCUCCUUGAUGACUAUUUCUCGGUUUCUUCUAGGUGAACAUCUUCUCCAACAUGAACCGCGAAGAGUUCAUCUCCAUGCGACACGCCAUGAUCGAAAUGGUCCUGGCGACGGACAUCAGCCGGCAUUUCGAAUACCUCGCCAAGUUCAAUAAGGUUCGCGAAGAGACCUUGAAAAGAGUAAUCGAAGAAAAAUUUCAUGGAAUAAAGAACUAUCAUUGAAGGGAGGUCAUCAUCAUCAGUGAAAGGGUUUCGUUUACCUCGUAAACCAGUUUUUUUUUUGUGUAUUUAGUCGGAAGUUCCAUAAGAAUUGGAUAUUUUAAUUAAACCUUUGAAGUUCAAAAAUUUAUCCACAUUUCAAAUUUAACAAAAGUGAACUUCUAAAACAAAUCAAGAGGAAACUACUUUUUGCUGUGGUCAAGUCCGAAUAGAAGAAGUGAUUUUUCUGUGAUGUUAGAUUUGAAAAAAAUGUCGUUUUUGGUUAUCUUUUCAACUGGAAAUUUUCCAUUUUAUAAAGGUUUGUGAAUUCAUUUCACUGUUCCAAACUUUUCAACCCAGUAUUCAAGAGGCUUCAAUCGGGUUCAUUUUUUCUCCGAUUCCGAGAUUUUUGACCAGGCUAAUCUGUUUUUCUGUUUUCGUUUUUUUUUUUCGCUUUGUAGGAUAAAACGUGAUAUAACUGAGGAUUAGAGGUACAAUUCCGAGGGAAAGUCAUGAGAAAAAAGUGUUGCGUAAUGGCGUGAGUCUUAAAUGACCACGGGAUUCUUAAUCCGAUCUUCAGUCCAAGCUAUCUUUUCUCAUCAGAGAAAAUGGCUAGAAAAUCUUAUUUUUUUGCGAUUAUGAGGGAUAGAACUCUGUUUCCGGAAAAGCCUAAAAUUUCAAAGGUUUUUAUGAAUUUCCCGUGACUUUGUAAACCAAAUUUUGCAAUAGUUUCGGAGAUCUUUGAGAUAACUCUUUGAGAAGCCGCAUAUUUCUUCUUCUUCCUUUUUUACGGAUAAUGAAAAUUUACGGACGUGCGUCAUUCACACGUUUGUGUUUGAAAACAUUAUAAGUGCGGGGAUGAAGAUUUGUGGUGAGAGGAUGAUAAUGCGAGGUGUAUCAAAUCUUGAAAUGUCGAAAAAAGGAUGGUUGGGGGGUUCGAAGGAUUUAUUGAGAUAUAUUCCUGAAACAAAUUUGGAAAGAUGGAGUCGGUGUUUUUUCGUGUUUCGAGAAAAAAGAGAUGCUAUGAAUCAAGAAAAAAGAUUGGCUUUGAAACUCUCUAAAAAUAAGUUCAGGAAUAAUUCUGAACUUCGAACACUCUAACGCUACUAGAAAAAAAGAAUGUUUGGCUUAUUGGGGCGUUUAAAUUUGGCGGAAAAAAAGACGUCAAAAUCUAAAAACUAAAAAUGAAACCUAUAUGAACUCCCUGCUAUAGAAAAAAAGAAACAAAAUAAAAGUUGUAGAUGAACGUGGUGGACGUGAUGGAAGAGGAAAGGGAGACGAACUCGCUCACGAUCUGCGACAUGCUCGUCAAGUGCGCCGACAUCUCGAAUCCGACGCGAGAGUGGUCUCUUUGCCAACGAUGGGGCUUCCGGAUCGUCGAAGAGUAUUUCGAACAGGUUCAUCGUCCCGAAAUGUCUCACGAGGAGACUCAUUUCACUGUGUGGUUGGGAAUUCCUGAAGAUUUGGUCUGAGCACUCCUAGAUGUACCGAAAGAAGGUUUUGAAAGUUUCAAACUGUUUUCUUUGACUUUGAAGCGUUCUUUUUUUCAAACUGGGAAGCUGUGCAGGUUGAGACUUCGGAAUCUUCUUCCGAUACAUCAGGAAGUGCUCUGACCAACUUUCAGGAAAAGGUCAACUUCAAAGUGAAAUGAUCUCAAAUUUUCAGAAAGCUCAUGGAAAAACGCGUCUCUAGAUAUGUUUUAUAAGUGCUCUAGGAAAGAAGAUUUGUUAUUCUGAAAGAAGAGUUUCAGAUACUUGAAACACAGCACUUCUUGUCUUUUCCUAAGUUUGUUUUAUGAGAGUUUUUUGAUUUUUAAAAUAAGCUUUGAAAAGCGGCUUUGUGACUAAAUUGAUCAGAAAGUUACUUUUCGGCAACAGAUCUAUUCAUUAAUAGUACUAAUUUGUUUCUUGGCUUGAUGCAUUUCUGAGCUUGCCCAUUCAGACUCGGGAGGAGCGGGAAAAAGGCUUGCCGAUCACGAUGGAAGUUUUCGACAGGAACACCUGCAAUGUGCCUAUCACCCAAUGCGGAUUCAUUGGUUUUCUAUUUUUCUUUUACAAAAGUUCCACCAGAGCUAGGGGUUGUUUUUUUGAGGAAAUUUUAAGUUCACUUGUUUUUUUCAUUUAAAUCUUGAACUUCGAUAUUUCUCAAUUAUGUCCAAAAGGAGAUGGAAAGAAAAUUAUAUCCAAAGUUCUGUGUUAGCUUCUCAAAAUAAAAAAAAAAAUUUUCUUCAGCAAGUCUUUUUUCGAUUUUCUAUGGGAUUCCCCCAAAAAUGUUUGCAAUUGUUUCAUGCCAUUUGGUGUGUUCAUAUUUUAAAAGUCAAGUGUAAUGACUUCAUUCGAAAACGCUCUGUGGAUGACUCGCUCUCUAAUUGGUUUAUCGCGCCAUUAGGGGCGGAGCUUGAGCGACCGCUUCACAUUCAAAAACAGGACAGGCUAUAUUGCAUUUUUUUAAAUUUUUGAAGAAAAUAAUUUUUUUAAUGAAAAUCUGGUUUGGAACCUCAAAUGCCCUUUCAAUCAUUUUUCAUCGAAAAUUUUUGUUAUUAAGGUUUUUUUAUAAUUUCAGACAUGUUCGCUCGGGAAGCUUUUUGCACACUUCACGGAGUUUGCGCAGCUGCCGGAGCUGAACAAGCAGCUGGAGGCGAACUACGACCGCUGGAAGGUCCAGACGAGCUCCUGGACCCCCGCCCACAACGUCAAUCUCCCCCUUUAGAAGUUUACGGUCCGUAA